CCGUUUUCACACACUCCCACAACAUGGACCCGAGACGUGAAUACAUGCGUAGCCAUUCGUCUUGCGUUUGUAGGCAAAGCGGAAUAAUAAAUAUAGCGCGGGAAAAGGUUGAAGGUUCCCGGGGCUUCUCUCUCUCUCUCUCUCUCCUGGCGUUCUUGCGCGUUGACGUGUGCCUUUACCAAACCUGGAUCUUAGCUCGGUGGUUAGCUUCACCGUUAGCAUUAGCUAUGCAUUUCAAUUUCCCUCCCGUGUUAUUCUUUGUGACGAUUUUGACAGAGGAUGUAAAAUGGCGGCGUCUUUAUAAGAAGACUAUAAUAAAAGAAUAUCUUCAAUUUUCUAUCAAUGUGUAUGUGUGCGCGUGUCUGUGUGUGCGGGCGCGCGCUUGUCGGUGCGCAUGCGCGCGUCUCAUGAGGUUUAGCAUUUAGCUAAAGUUGCCUCAGCGUCCUCGGACGGGAAGUAAUGCUUAAACAAUAUAACGAAAUUGAUUAAACGUGAUAUUUUGAUAAAGAAAAAUGGUUUGGAAAACCUCGGGGACUGGGUGUGGACUGGGUGCUGCUUAUGUUUCAGAGCAGAGUGAAGAGUCGGGGGGAGAAAGUCUUCGCAUCAGGACCGGGGCCGAAGUGGAGGGCCGUAGUUGUACGCGGUGUCGAAGUGAAGAGACGAUGAGAGUUCACGCCCACACCAAGUUUUGCUUUCUCUGCGUCUUCACCCUGCUGUUCCAUCAAUGCACUCACUGUCAUGAAAGCGGCCACCACCAUCACCACCACCACCAUCACCACAGCAACGAGCACGAGCAUGACCACGAUCACGACCACGACCGUGUCCACGACGACCACCAGAUAUCAAUGGAGUCUUACGUAGGUCCCCCCGAUCACCCGGUGCCUGUGAACCGGAAAGAAGCCGCAGAGCAAGAGCAGCAUUACUACAUCCAGCAGCUGUUUCGGCGCUACGGCAAGCAGGACCUCCUCGACUUCGGAGGCUUUCAGGACCUUCUGCUGAGCCUGGGAUUGGGAGAGGUGCGAGUGGUGGAGCUGGAUCACGACAACCUGGGCCAUGACCACGUGGCCCAUUUGGACCUUCUGGAAGUGCAGAAAGGGCUGCAUUCUCAUUCAGGUGGGACCUCACACACGAAGCAUUCUAACCACCACCACGAUGCCCAUGAGGGAAGCUCGUGCAGCCCCAGUCUCGCUGCAGGAACCAGACCGACUGUAGAGAGCAAGUCUCAUGGGCGGAAAAUUAAGGAUGGAGACCACCAUCAUGACCACGAUCAUGACCACGAUCAGAACGCUGAUCAUGACCAUAUUCACGAACACUCGCAUGAACACGAUCAUAACCGUGAACAAAAUAUUCGGACCGAAACACCUCACCAUAAACAUCUCGAGCCCACUAAGGAACACACCACUGAGCAGGAAACCAAUGACCUCACUGGAGACAGCAAAGAAAACAAAACACAUCAUCGUGGCCACCACCACCACCAUCAUCAUAAACACCCUCAUCCUCACCACCACCACCACGCUCCAGGCACUACGGACCAGUCGGGGCCUACGCAAAUGACCUCGGCGUCGCUGCAGCUCAGCAAUCCUGAAGCACUCGCUCUCCAGAACUUCAGUCACCCUCCAACCUCGACGCCUAAGAGGACCAGGAGGACACAGAAGGGUAAAGGACAGACCAACCCUACCCUCAGCUCCUUAAUGGAUGAGAGCGGGAACGUUCACAAUCAUAACCAUGACCAGCACCACAAAGGACCAUCUUUGAAAGAAAAGCGCGCCGUCCCGGAAAAGAUGAUGAUGAUGAUGAACCCAAACACAUCACGGCUUGAAGGCAUGCUCCACCAACACGAAGAGUGUCUAAAUCUCACGCAGCUGCUCCACCACUACGGCAUGAGUCCCGACUUGCUCAUUUCCCCGGCGCAGUUCACCUACCUCUGUCCCGCCCUGCUCUAUCAGAUAGACAGUCGUCUGUGCAUCCGCCAUUACCAUCAGGUCGAAGUUGAGGAAGCGAUUCAAAACUCAGCAUGGGUCUGGGUGUGGGGCUUCGUGUCCAUCACGGUGAUCAGCCUGCUGUCUCUGCUGGGUGUGGUGCUGGUGCCCAUCCUCAAUCAGUCCUGCUUCAAGUUCCUGCUUACCUUCCUGGUGGCGCUGGCAGUGGGCACACUGAGCGGCGAUGCCCUCCUCCAUCUGCUGCCACACUCUCAUGGGAGCCACGACCACAGCCAUGGGGAGCACGAGCACGAAGAGGAGGAGACGGAUUGGCUGGUGAAAUUCGACGGCGUGUGGAAGGGGCUGACGGCGCUCGCAGGGAUCUACCUCCUGUUCAUCAUCGAGCACUGCAUCAGAAUGGUCAAACAUUACAAAGACCACGGGGGUGGCUUCUGUCGGAGGAAAAAGAGAGGCAAGGACGGGAAGAUCGGGAAGAAGCUGUCCGAUCACAAGCUGAACAGGCGCUCAGAUGCCGAGUGGAUGCAUUUAAAACGGUUAGAUGAUGCUUCCCAGAACGACACUCUGAUGACUGAAGCGCAGCCUCCAGAUUCUCCCAGCAAGACUCCACUCGCCAUUACAGACUCGGAGCUGUCUGGAGCUGCUGCGGAAAACAGCCAGCAGGCCAAAACUAAGAAGCACAGUCACGGCCACGGCCACUCGCAUCACGGCCACUGCCACACGGAGAAGGAGAUGAAAGACGCAGGCAUCGCUAGCAUUGCCUGGAUGGUCAUCAUGGGAGACGGCAUGCACAACUUCAGCGACGGGUUGGCGAUCGGUGCUGCGUUUAGCGCCAACGUUACAGGGGGAAUCAGUACAUCUGUCGCUGUGUUCUGCCAUGAAUUACCUCAUGAACUGGGUGACUUUGCGGUGCUGCUGAAGGCUGGGAUGACGGUUAAGCAGGCGAUUGUGUAUAACUUGCUGUCAGCUCUCAUGGCCUACUUCGGCAUGGUGAUCGGCAUGGCCGUGGGUCAGUACACGCACAACGUCACAAGCUGGAUUUUCGCCGUCACCGCUGGAAUGUUCCUGUAUGUGGCCUUGGUGGACAUGAUGCCCGAGAUGCUGCACGGUGACAGCGAAGAUAACAAAUCCUGCCAGCUGGGCCACUUCGUCCUGCAGAACGUGGGCAUGCUCACGGGAUUCGGCAUCAUGCUUCUCAUCGCCAUCUUCGAGGACCGCAUCAAGUUCAACUUCGACUAGCCCGGUCUCCUCGUCGCGACACGGCGCGUCCUCACGUUUCAUCCGUCUCCUCGUGUCUUCAUUCGCUCUCCAAGAGGGCCUCCGCGGCUAACGAUGGACAUUUUUUUUUCCCUCCGAUCAUUUGAGGGUUCCGAACCCGAGGAAGCACAACACGGACACAGAAAGACAUCUGUCUCGUCCCGCUUUUAUCUCUCAAUGCUAGCAUGUCCUAGUCUUGUAUCGUGUGAAUCAGUAGGUGGAACGUCCUCUAAAUGGCGCUACAUAUCAGUAAAAGGGAAAUCCCACAAAUUCAAGGCGUAUCCCUUUAAUAUCACCGUGGACAAAUUGUUGAAAGAGGCAGACACCCCUCCAUCCAUUCAUCCAGCAAUUCAUUCGUUCAUCCAUCUAUUCGUAGCACGCUUGCUGGCCAAAUCAUGAUGUAAAGAGUUUUGUCCGGUGUUGUUAAGCCAUUAGCUUUCAAAUCUUUAUAUACCGGGAAUGAACGGCAGUGGGGGGACGCAAAAGGCGUCCGAGUGUGCGUUUCCAGUUGUGUAGAUCUCACCUGCUUUCCACCAUGCUUUCCACUGUACUGUACGUAGAGAAAGCGCACUACAUUUCAUCGCUCCCCGAAUACGAAUAUUCUUUUUUUUGUUGUUUUUUUGUUGUGUAUUUUGAAGGUUAGAAUAACACGAUGGCAAGGUCGAGCUGCUAGAUCAGAUCUAUCCGAUCAACCCAAUACACAGGCUAUCAACCCAGUACACAGAAUAUUUACUCGUUUGUCAAUUUCUGGCUUGUUAAAAACAGCGAGUGCGUUCAGGAUCUUCACGUGCCCAUUUAUUUGUCUUGACUCCAGCGUUCGUUAUCGACUUUUCUGUUACCCCGGUCUAUUCGAAAGCGACCGCCGACGGUUUCUCCUUCGAGAAAUCCAAACAAAUAAGGACGCUUGGUUUUGCAAAUCACAGCACCGACGUUUUCCCCACCGAAACACAUUCCAACGCUCGAUUAGCUUCCCGAAUGAACCCUGUUCUACGAGCCGUUCUGUUCGUUUAUCCAGCAUUUCUUAAAACGGACCCAAGCAUUGCACGUGGCACGACGAGCUACACGGAACAAACCCUUUUCUUCUACUUUUUUUCCUUUUUCCAUUUGGUCAGUGUUUAAUUUCUAUUGGUGAGGCGAGAAUUUUGUUGGUUUAUACAAGCAUUCCAAUUUCUGAGCGGGACGCAACAAAGACACGUCUUUCAGUAAAUCAAAUUUACUUUAUAUAUAGGAUGAAAAGAGAAGUAAAAGUAUGCAAUGCGAUUAACAAGCGGUUUAUGGCAUUUUCAUUCUUCACACGGAUACUGCAGCUUGUAUUUAACAAUAAUCAUCACAAACAAAAGUCUGGUCUUUGAAAGAAAACUUUUUUUUUUUUUAUGGGGGGAAAAAUGACUUUUUUUUUUUUUUUUUUUUCUCUUUUUAUUUUGUUCUCCCUAUCCGUUCCGAAAGCCUGCGUGUAUACUUGUCUUCGUCUCAUUUGUUAGUCUUGCUGAUGUCGAUGUGUCUCGAAAAAUAAAGGUACACCAAACAGC